CUUAACUGUCCCUUUGCGGCUGUACUUCAUGAUCUGCAGAAGUCAAGGGGACGGCGAAAUGGCCGAGAUGGGGCUUAAGAUACUAGAUGGAACCGAGCUAAGGAGCGGCGAUCUGCGGCUUCCUAUCACCGGCGGUGCAGUUAAUGGCAAGAGGGUUGUGGAAAUGGCCGAAGCAGAGGCUGCGGCCCGCCUCUACGGACUGUCGUUACCGGAUUACCUGAGAUCGGGGGUCCUCCGGCGAUUGGGCAGCGGAACUGAUAGUUUUCUCUCCAUGGAGUUCAGCGAUGAUGAACUUCAGAAGAAGAAGAUUCAAGAAUACCUUUUCGCCCUCGCCGAUGAAAUGGAAGAUGACCCACUUGUUGUUUCGAUCUUGGAUGGGAGUGGGCUUCGAGUCGUUUUGGAUGAUGAGGAUGAUUUUGCUAUGGUAGCUGAGAAUGUUUUUACUGAUCUGGAUACAAAUGAUACCGGAAAGCUCAGCAAGAGUAAAAUACAGAAUGUGCUUGCUCAUAUGGGAGUCGAAUUGGGUGUUCCUCCUUUUUCUGCCUCCGGUGAUCUUCUGAACAAUAUUUUGAAGAGGCAUGGAGCUGAAGGGGAGGAGCAGCUGGGUCAGGCGCAGUUUGCGCAGCUACUUCAGCCUAUUCUGCAAGAUAUUGCAGAUGCUUUGGCUGAAAAACAUGUUGCUGUCAUCCAGAAUAUCAAAGUCAUUAACGGCUUAAAGUUAAAAAAGAUUUUAAAUGAGAAGAAGCUUUUGAAUGAUAUAACUGGGAGGAUCUUCCAUGAAUGGCAAGAAAGCGGAAAUGGAGCAUGGAACAAGGAAACACUGGCAGGCCUUCUUCAGGGAAAGGGUUCAGAAUUAGGUCUACCUCCAUACGAUUCAAAUGAAGAAAUAGGUUUUCUAUUUGAUCAAAUCUUUUCGAAUACUUCUCAAGAAAAAGUUACUGGGAAUUGGGACAGGGAAGCAUUUCAAGAUGAAGUAAAGACUAUCCUUAAGAUGCUCGCAGAACUACUUGAAGCAAGCCCAGUUUUCCUUGAUAGGGAGAGUUGAGGCAAGCUGUUUUUCACCUCUUCAUUUUGCCUACAUCAUGUUUCAAAUACAAUGUUAAUUGCUCUUUUCCUUGCAAAUUUUCUACUGUAAUUUUUAUGUGACAAAUACUGAUACAGAGACCUUUACUGUAGAUAAACAUGUUACUUUUUAAAGAAAUUAUCCUUGUUAGUCAA